UAUCGUACAUAUAUCUACAGAGCACUAUACGCAAAUAACGCGUGCUCUGUUAUUUGUGGUGCUCGGUCUAGUACGACGUUAGGCUGAACGAUAUUUCAGCGCCACUCUUAAUCACUGUCGAGCAGCAUUUAAAAGUUCGGAAUAACAAUAGCACAUCACAGUACGCAACCGGUAUUACUGUUGUCAACAAGUGUUUAUCAGUUUAAUUAUUUAGCCUAAGUUGUGCGAUGGCAAACAAUAAUAGCGUUGACAACGAAAUCAAGGCAUCAGCCUUGGAUCUCAUCGGCAAUACGCCUAUAGUAGCGCUCGAUCGCCUUCACCCUGGCCCCGGAAGGAUCUUGGCGAAAUGUGAGUUCAUGAACCCGGGAGCAUCUAUUAAGUGCCGGUCAUCACUUUGCAUGAUCAAGAAAGCGUUGGCCUCUGGUGAACUGAAACCUAAAGAGCCAGUUGUGGAAGUGACAUCGGGAAAUCAAGGAUGUGGGCUCGCCGUCGUGUGUGCUGUAUUGGGUCAUCCGCUAACGCUUGCCAUGUCAAAAGGAAACAGUGCUCAAAGGGCCAUACAUAUGGAGGCUCUCGGGGCCAAAUGCGUAAGAGUUCCGCAAGUGGAAGGCACGUACGGAAACGUGACUUUGAACGAUGUAAAAGCAGUGGAGGAAGUAGGCCUAAGAAUUGUAAAGGAAACCGGCGCAUAUUAUGUGAAUCAGUUCAACAACGACGCCAACUCCGAGUCUCACUACCAAACCACAGGACCUGAGAUAUGGAGACAGACUGGACAUCGUGUUGACGCAUUUGUUGCUACUGUCGGUACCGCGGGCACUUUUACUGGAACUACAAGGUAUUUAAAGGAAAAGAAUCCAGAUUUGAAGGCGUACGUUGUUGAACCUGAAGGCGCUCAACCAAUAAGAGGACUGCCAGUCAUAAAGCCCCUUCAUCUCCUACAAGGGUCAGGUUACGGUUGCGUUCCGAAUUUAUUCAAACGUGAGUACAUGGAUGGCACCCUGAGCGUAUCUGAUGAGGAAGCGAUGGAGUAUAAAAAGCUGAUUGGCGAGAAAGAAGGUUUAUAUGUGGGCUACACAAGUGCUGCUAAUGUAGCAGCGGCCGUCAAGUUGCUGAAGUCUGGACAGUUGCCUGAGGAUUCGUGGGUAGUCACCAUGCUCAAUGACACCGGCUUGAAAUAUACUCCAGUGCCUGAAGAGUUUACGUAAAUUCUUUAUAAGAAUACUUAUACUUCUACAAAUGUGCUCCGUGUUUAUCAGUUUGUACAUUUUUAGUUAGUUUUAAACCAAUAGUGAUCUGGUAAUUUUAUACACUAAUAAAAUAAUGCAUUCAUAUCUGAUAUAUAAUUUGUAUGAAAAUGUUCCAAAGAAUCGCUGUCCGAAACAACCCAGACCUUACAAAAAAUGUUUACUAUGAAAACAAAAAAAAAACUGUAAUCUCACAAUUUCAUAUAUCAUAUUAAUUAAUUAUUUAGAUUAAGUAAUUUAAUUUAAUUAAUUUUAUGCAUAUAAUAUUAAAUUAAUGUAACAAUAUAAUAAUUUACGAAAAGGUUCUCUUUUUGUGAAUAGAUUUUUUUUUAAAUUAAUUAAAAUACAAUGCAAAUUACGUUUACCUUAAAUCACGAUUCAAAACGAUUCGUUCUACGACAAUUUUUAAGUUACGAAACAUCCAAGAGAAUUUUAAAUUAAAAAUCGUGACUCGAAAACGAAAUGAUUAUAGAAUUCAUAUCCAAUUAAAAUUGCCUCAUCCACUAAUUAACUAUUUAAUAUAAUCAUAUUACAUUACGACAAUGACAACGAAUUAUGGUUAUUGGUCAUUAGUAGGCUGACUGCGGUGCGGACGACCGUAGGUGGCGGUUCAAUUAAUUAAAUUAAUUGUUAUUUUUAUUACAACCUUCGUACAAGAUGACGUUCAGCUAUAAUUAAUAAUACAAUAAUUAAUACGACAUUUCAAUACGAGUGAAAUUAUGUGACCACCAACGAAAUCAUUUUCUCGAGCGGCAGAAAGAUAAAACGAUGAUAAUGAAUCCUGUACGUUGAUCAGAUAGACUAAUUAAAUUAAAUUAUAAAUUGGAUAAUAUAAUCAAUUAGAUAAAUUGUAAUACGGAACUAGCUAUGUUAAAUCUCCUAAUUGUAACUCUUUAUUCUAUUUGAUAAAAUAAAAUUUGUAUUCGAAAUUUC